GAAUUUGGACGCGUGGGUUGUUUUGAAGCUGCCGAGCAUUUUACUUUAUUACGUUUCAGACAAGCGAUUGCAAACUGGUAUUGCUGCUCCGAUUUCCAGAGAAAGGGUUUCCUGUCGCUUCAGGACGCGGCUGCUUUUAGUGACGCAGCAACCGUUUGUUUUCGCUGGAGCAAAAAAAAAAUAAAAAAAAAGAUUUCAAUUUUUUGGGACAUUUAGAACUAUAUAAAGUCAUACAGUCUGUUAAAUAUUGUAGAAGCAGUAAUCGAGUGAAUUAAACGACAAUGAUUCUCACAGUGAAGCCGCUGCAAGGGAAAGGGUGCUGUUUACAGGUCUGUGAGGAUGAGAAGGUCUCCAGAGUCAAGAGUCUGGUCUCUGAGAGGCUCAACAUACCUGCGAAUCAACAGCGACUCCUGUACAAAGGCAAAGCGCUGGCAGAUGAGCACAGACUGUCACACUACUCCAUCGGUCCCGAUUCGAAGCUGAACCUCGUUGUGAAGCCCCCAACAGAGAAAGUGUCACCCGAGCAAGAACAGCACUCCCUGUCUCACCCCGGGUCAGUGUGGCACAGCCUGCCUGCUAUUCUGAACAAACACUUCAGCCCUGCUGAUGCAGUGAGAGUGCUGGAGCAGCUACACAAGGAUUAUGAGCGGAGCCUGCGCUUGUUGAGUCUGGAUGAUAUGGAGCGGCUGGCGACCCGCAUGCUUCACCCUGAGGCUGUGGAGUGCAUGGAGCUGUCCUUCCUGGACUGAGGAAUACUGCUGCUGCCCGCUGCCCGCUGCCCUCUCCCCCUCUCCCCCUCUCCCGCCUCCCUCUCCCCCUGAGGUGAGGUUUACCAAACACAAGUCCAAGCAACAGCUGUGUUUAAACAUGUUUUAUUUACAAUGGUUCCAGAUGUCUUGGUCUGAUCAUUUCACAACACAAUAAAAUUAAAGAAAUGCUAUCUGCACAUGGGAGAAUGAA